AUGGGUCUCUUUGCCCGCAAACGUCCAGUAGAUGGAGCGACAAAUGGUCAUGGACCUGCGCCACGAGCCUCCCAUGAGAGUCGUUCAAAUCAUCAGAAAGAGAAGUUUGACAUCGACUCUGGCUAUUACAACCGUCGCCCAUCAUUUGGCCAGUGGCUUAAAAUGACAUGGCUCGAUGUUGUGACAAUGAUCAUUAUGGGUGCUAUCGGACUCGGUGUAUACUUCGCUCGUCCAGCACCAUCCCGCUCAUUCCCCGUCUACUUCCAAGACGGUGAGGUUGUCUAUCCGGACUUCGCUUAUCCUCUUCGCAAAGAAAUCAUUCCCAUCUGGGCCGCGGCGCUAUUAGCUGCACUCGUCCCUAUCGUCGUCUUCCUCUUCAUGCAAAUCCGAAUCAAGUCGUUCUGGGAUGUCAACAACGCUGUCAUCGGCUUGCUCUACUCAUUAAUCACCGCGGCAGUCUUUCAAGUAUUCUUGAAAUGGCUCAUUGGAGGUCUUCGACCGCACUUCCUUGCCGUCUGCAGACCGAACAUCCUACCAGGACAGGUGACAGGAAAUGGAUACAGAGAGAUCAUGUACGAUCGCAAGAUUUGCACGGGUGAUGACAAGCAGAUCAAUGAUGCUCUUGAGUCUUUCCCUUCCGGACAUUCGACCGCUGCAUGGGCUGGCUUUGCCUUCCUCUACUUUUACCUGAAUGCCAAACUCAAGGUCUUUUCCAACCAUCACCCAGCCAUGUGGAAGUUGAUCGCCUUGUACGCACCAAUUCUUGGCGCAACGCUCAUCUCCGGCGCCUUGACCGUCGACGAAUUUCACAACUGGUACGAUGUUGUCGCCGGCGCCAUUAUUGGAUCUGUCAUGGCUUUGUCCGCUUAUCGAAUGGUCUACGCUUCCGUCUGGGACUUCAGAUUCAACCACAUCCCUCUAACACGUCACACGCCCUUCGCAUAUGGUGGCGGCGCUCCUGGUGCAGGUGGAUUCGAAUCAGCAGUUUGGACCCACAAGGCUGGCUGGGGACAUGAGGAAGCUCUUGGCGGUGCACCCUUCGAUGCCGCGCACGGAAUGAGAGGCGUGUUUGGCAAUGCAACCGGGCUGAGAAAUGGCGGAGGUGAGACCGGCAUUGGUCAUCACCACCAUGGACAUGGGUCACAAGGCCAAGGACUUCUGGGUAAUGCUGGACGUCAUUCCAACGGCGAGGGCGACCUCGUCGACAGCCAUCAACAAUCGCACGGUGGCGGAUUUUUUAACCGAACCAGACACAACAACUCUGCCAAUAAUGCUACCACCCUCGAGAACACAAUAUCCCAUCCUCACAAUCCUGCAGACAAUACUCGCUCCUCAAAUGACAUGAUGGCAGAGCCGGGCCUGAUGCAUGGACAUCAGAAUCAGACUUAUGAGUCAACUGUGUACGGCCAUCAUCAACAUCAUGGGUCCGGAUCGAGUUCAAUCGGGCGAAGACCCGUCCCGCCGGCCAAGGAGGGGUACGCCGGAGGUGAUAGGAUGGUCUGA